CCAGCUCCCAGCUACCUGCUAUGUACUCCUAGAACGGGUUUCUUGGGAAACGCUCCCCGUUUCUCCUCGUACGUCCAAUCAUCGUUGCAGAGAAGCUGUCAAACCCUCACCACCCUCUCCUUCGGCAGAGGUACCCGCCCCCGUUGCUGCCUGAGUCUUCUUGAAAAGACAGCAUUUCCCUUCCAAUGCACGCAGUCCUUGACGCUCACCUCUCGAUUGCCCUUCGCUGUGCCAGCCUAAGCCGCAACCAGGCCGCACCUUUCCUCCGCCCCGGUUCAGAUUAACAUGGCCUUCCAUCGGAUACCACAACACGGCUUUUUUAUACCCUUUGCCUGAUUCGUCCCCCUCUCAUCAUCCUCCUCCUCCUUCUCCUUCGUCCUCUUCUUCUUCUUCUUCUUCCUCUCCUCCCGAGAAGACCUUGAUUAUCGAGUCCGCUCGACCUUCCGUCACCAUGCAUCAACAUCGUAGAACUUCGUCAGCGGUGGCAUCGCCCGUCUCCUCCCCUCACCCCAGCUCCAGCAGGCCGAUCACCCGCGAUCGAGGCACCGCUCGCUUCGGCCCAAACGUUUCCAGAGGCCUGGGGAUCGAUAGACAGAUGGACGCCUCGGAUCAAGAGCAGACCAUCGAGUCCCCAGAGAAAUCCCCGUCCCAAAAGCUUGACCAGAUCAUCCAGAAUUACCAUACAAAGGCUGCUCUUGUCAUCUUACAUUCCCGGGUAGACCUUUCCCCCGCCACAUACCACGGCGUGAUACGAACAAAUAAAUGGUUCAACGUGGAAGUUAACGAGACAGAAGACCUGAAGGACUCCUUGGGCGUCUGGAAGUACAGCAAUUGCACCGACAGUCGACCGCCUCCGCUGAUCAUCGAGGUCUACCUGGAUCUUACACAGUUGACGAACAAUCAAAGCUUGGUCAUCAUCGACGACUCUGGCAAACGAUGGGAUGUGGUCGAAGCCCUUGCCACCUACGGCUGUCUCGAUAACUCUAGAACUUCAAAGAGCGGGGUCAUCUUAGAAAGAUGGCGUAUUGACCUUGGUCCCGGCCCCGAUGACCUGCCUCUAGAUAUGGGCAGUAUACUUCCUACGGUCUAUAAAAAGAGCAUCGUCGUGUUCAGAUCCCUAUAUGCCUAUUCUAAAUUGCUCCCAGCUUGGAAAUACUCGAAACGUCACUCGAAAAUACGGCCUAAUCCAGCACUAUCGCUGAAAUAUCGAAUCUUGCAGGGGCCCGGAGGGCAAAUUAGAUCAACCAACGAUCCGUUGACCGUUCCUCUACAUCCGGGAAACGGCCCAGUGGUCGAUACUUAUUCUUUCGGCGUGACGGACUCUCCUGCUGGUCCUCUCUCUGCUUUGGUUACUUAUCGGACCAACUGCGAUUUCCGAGUAGAUGAUUCAGAGGCGUUGUUGAGCUCUAGGUUUAUGGGAGUGGAUGAGCGCUUUUUUAAGCCCUCUUUACCGUCAGAAGACAACUUUGCCGCCGCAGGGCAGGAGCAUGGCUCCUUGCCUGUGCAAAAACGAGAUGUGGGACGUCCUGACCUUGGGCAAGCCUACGGAAGCAUGUCAACAUUCCACCAGGUCGGCGCCACCACAGGAGCUAGCCCUAUAUCAGCUCUGCGCGCCGCAAGAGAGCUAGCAGCCGGUUCGCCCAGCUCCCCUACUCGUCCUUCUCAUUCCCCAAGACCGAGCCAAGCAGGUCGGGUCGCCGCGCUCUCUGGCGAAGGCAAUCAUCUAAUCCAACGGCGUCCAUCAAUAUCCAUCCAGCCCUUCAAGGCUCCUCCUCUCUCUGCCUCUCCUGCUCUUGUUGAUAGCCCAGUGGGAUCCCAACCGAAAAACUCAGCCCCACGCGUGGGGCCAAUGGAUAUCACUUCUAGCGCGAGACAAAUGCCCCCUCCCCACGGUACACCCACGACAUCUAGAAGAUCGGCUCAUGUAUCAGAAAGUGCGAUAGCAUCAUCUACAUCCGGCUCGCCGCGACCUGCCCCCAUCUCAAAGUACAGCAGCUCGUUUAGCCACCGACGGGGUAGACUAUCCUCCGGGGGUGCCAGUAAAACUGACGACGAUAAUAACUCCAGUGGCAGAGUCAGUGUGAGCUCCUCGACUGUGCACCCAGGCUCGGGAACAUCAGCAGACCCGGCUACUACAAGUUCAGGGUCCCUACAGGCGGACGAAGAUAAUAUUUCGGACUUUCUCAAGAUGCUUGAGAUGGGAAAGGACCUACUGUCUAGGAAAGAUUCUAAAUCCUUGGAUAAGAACACGAAAAGAACGUCCGCUGCUCUAUCCCGAUUUCAAAAGAUGCGGGAUUCCAACGCUGUACUAUCAGAUUCUAUGUCGUCUUCUCUGCUCCUUCAACCAUCAUCCAUAUCGUCUAGCAAACAGCUUCCCAAUGCUGCCACGUCUGUGGCAGGAGCCUCGAUAUCCGUUUCCUCCUCCCCUGGGAAAGCAAUUUCACCUCAUACACAGCACAUUCCCGCAGUUCCUUCCCGUCUAAGCUCUAAUAGCGUCGUCGAUUAUUCCCAUUCUCAUGAGGAUCGCCACGAGCGAAGACAUCGUCUCUCCCAUGAGUCUCGUCGCUCUCCAUCUGAAGAGCGGGCGAACGAUGAACCUCGAUUAAAACGCGACGAGUCCACUGCGAAUGCGAUUGACAUACCCACUUCUCCGCGUCCAUUUAUCCCUAGUUUUCGCCGAUCCAGCUCUGCUGCUCAGAGACGCUCAAGCCCUCCUGUUGAAGAUGAUCUGGGUGAUUUUUUACCUUUUGGGAUGCGUAGUUUGAGCUUGGGAGCUGAGGACCGAUCGACGCUUAGUCUCAGUGAACUAGUACGCCAACAAGAGUCAUCCGUCCCCGCAUCAGACACAAAUGCGUUACAACAACAGAACCAGAAAGAUACGCGUACGGGUCAAUCGAUCGUGGAUGAAUCCCCUUCGAGAAUCGACAACGUUCCAGGGACCUCGUCUCCUCGCCAAUAUCAACCCCGCUUUGCCCAUGGUCGUGGGCGCGGAUCGUUCGGCCACCCUCAGCCCCAUGUUUCCGCCGCUAGCAGUCUAGGGCGCGCCAGCCCAAUACCGAACGUAACAGAUGCGGACCGAGAAGGGUAUAUCGGCAGUGGCAACAACGGUGGAACGGCUGUCCCCCCCGAUACUCGACGUGGUAGCAGCCAUAGGUUCAGCUUCAACCGACAUUUAGGCACACCGGCCAACAUGGAUGAAGAUGAGCCCCUUUUGUUCGCGAUGAGCGAUUUUGGUGCUUCUCGUCGGAGUUUGGAAGAAGGAAGGAAGGGAGCUACCACGGCUGGUGCAGAUCAUGGAGGUGCGCCGUCUACGGAGUUGCAACCCGCUGCCGAAACGCGCAGCGAAGGCGGGCCACCCAGUGUCUCCCGUGGCAGGUAUCGCGCUUGGCCUUGAAUAUGGGGAACGUCAUUCGAGCUAUUUCUUGCAUUUUUAACACGAAUUACACCGCCAACGACGCUAUUUCAUCACAAUCACCCCCGUAUUACUGCUAGAUUUGAGACGUGAGGUAGCACCCAUGUCCACUCUGGUUCUUCAUAUGCACGGAUCACAGUUAACAUCAGCUGGAGACAUUUGACGGAUACCAGCCUUCCGCAAUCUUUCCAGAAAUAUCUUACCCGCUCCUAGUCCCUAUAAGUUUUCUAUUCCUUAUAUUUUUUUUCCCCCGAGAUUCUAUCUUGGAAUUGUCGAGCUUAGCGUGCAUUCGAUAUUUUUGGCACAUGCCUUCUUGGCCUACUGGCCCCCGGAGAUGGGCCCAGUGAGAUUCUUCAUGACGUAUACUGCUUCAAGGAUCUUUUUUAUUUCACCUUUUUGAAUAUUUCUUGUCCCUAUGUUUGAUGUGUUUGCGGAGGCAUAUUGCUUCGUUUCUUUUCUUUUCUUUUUGCUUUGGCUUUAGCAUUGGUCGGCUCUUUUGAACUUGUUUUGAUCGGAGUUUUCGUUUGAUCCCUGGUGGAACCUUUCCUCUGUUUCUAUUUUCGCCCCUCGUUCCCCCUGGUUAGUCUUGCAUCCUUUUUUCCUCCUGGCGUUUGUUAUGGCUUGCGUAUUGAAGCCGCAUGCCGGCAAUAGACUGAUAUCAGGAUUGUUUGAAAGGAAAUAACUUCUUUUUUUUCUUAUACAGGAAAGCGACUUUGCAAGGCAAAAACAUCCGCUUGAAACUUUGUGCAUCCAUUUUGUAUUUGGUGCAGGCUCUCUUUUUUUUCUUUCUUUCUUUCUUUUUUCCCUUUUUUUUUGCCCUUUUUGGAUUAAUUUAAUCGGAGAAUGGAAGGAAUUGUGUAUUUAGUUUCCUAAUAACAUUGAGUACUACAUUAUCUCAAAGAUAUCUCUG